CUGCCUAGCAGUACGCACAGAGCAAUUACUUCAGCUUCAGCCCUUGUAAAGAUUCUACAAAUAGAUUAUAAAGACUAUGUCGGUGACAACUCGUUUGACAUGGAUGCAAAAGAAGACUCUGCAAAAUCAUUUUGAAGGAAAGCACUUCAGCCUUAUCUUUAAGGCUAGUGUCCAAGGAUUUGAUUUUUCUACGUUGCAUGGUAUAUGCUCUUGUCAAGGACCUAUUGCAGUAGUGAUUUAUAGUGGAGAUCUUAUUAUUGGGGCAUAUAUGCAAUAUAAUUCCCAAAAUGCUUUGCCUGCCCCCAUUGUUCUUUUUGUCCUCCAUGCAUCUGGGAUUUCAGAAUUCAGAAUUGGUCCAUUUGACACUUUUGAAAUAUUUUAUGAAACGUCUAUAUCUCAAUGUGGAUUUUAUAUAAAUUUGAAAGAUCAAGAGGCAACUUUGAUGUUAAAAAUCAUUGAAAGUCUUGGACUACCUAAAUCGUCCUUCCUAAAAGGCAAAAUUUCCUUCCAGGAAUGUGAAGCUUUUCGAUGUGAAGAUGUAUUGGAUGAAAGGAAUAUGACUGGGAUCAGAGAGCUCAACAGAAACUUAUGGAUGGUCGUAAAAACUCACAAACCGCAUAGAGACCUGGUCCACCAAGUACGGAUGCUACUGCUGGGUCCUGUGGGAGCUGGGAAGUCUAGCUUCAUCAACUCAGUAAAGUCUGUGUUCCAAGGUCAUGUGACACACCAGGUUUUGGAGGGCUUUGACAAAACCGGGAUGUCUGAGGCAUUCAGAACAUAUACUGUAAGAGAUGGAAAAGAUGGCAAAUUCCUGCCAUUUAUUCUGUGUGACUCAAUGGGGCUGGAUGAGGAGCAAGGUAUAUGCAUGGAUGACAUCACAUAUAUCUUAAAGGGCCAUGUUUCUGACAGAUAUCAGUUUAAUCCCAUAAAGCCAAUCACUCGCAGUCAUUCUAACUAUAUUAGUGACCCAUAUCUGAAGGACAGAAUCCAUUGUGUGGCGUUUGUGCUCAAUGCAAAUUCUGUUGACCACUUAUCUCAUGAAAUGAUAGAAAAGAUAAGAAGAAUUCGAAGGGAAAUGAUAAAGCUUGGUGUGGUACACGUGGUUUUACUCACUAAUGUGGAUAGCUUGGAUCUGAUUACAAAAAGUGACUUUUUAGACAUAUACCGUUGUGUGCCUGUGAAGUCCAAGAUAGAGGCAGUCCAUAAGAAACUUGGAGUUGCUCUUUCUGACAUCUUGGUGGUCAGUAAUUAUACUUCAGGAUGGGAGCUGGAUACCCUAAAGGACUUUCUGAUACUCUCUGUGCUGAGACAGCUGCUCUGGGCUGCAGAUGACUUCUUGGAAGAUUUGCCUCAUUGUUAAACAAGGAGAGGAAAUAGAGCCAUGUGGGGACGCUCCUUUCCGGCCCCACGCGAGAUCGACCCCGGAGGCAACUGAACCACUUUGGACACGAGCGGCGCCCCCAAAAUGCCUCCAAACUGUGUGCUCGGAGCUCCUGGCCCAGGCGCUACCAGCGAGUGAUGCAAUUACCAAAAGAAUUUUCCCCGGACUUCAUAUAGAAAUCUAACCUAAUAUCUUUUGAUUGUCAGCAACGUGUAAAUGUUCCUUUUUGGCAGGGCUUACCGUGGGGGGAAACUCCAAACAAUAGUACUGAGUUUUUUGUUGAAGGGUAAAAGAUUGUAACGAUAGAAUUUUAGGCAGAAUUUUCCCUGGACUUUAUAUAGAAACCCAAAACCGCGCGGCCUCGGCAGCCUAAUGUCAUCUAAUCAUCAGCAAUAUGAAAUGGUUCCUUUGUAAUGGGUUGGACUUUGGGGGGACCAUAAUAGGGUUAAAGUUUGUAGCGACGUGUAAUUUCUGGCUGUACUUUCCCUGGACUUUAUACAGAAAUUCAAAGCCGCGAGGCCGCUGCCAUGGCCGCGCAACCUAUUGUCAUUUAAUCAUCACCAAUAUGAAAUGGUUCCUUCUUAACGGGUCGGACUUUGGUGGGAAAUCCUAACAAGAAUAGUAAGUCUUUUGCUGAAAUAUUGAAGGCUACCAAAGUGGUAGCUAUCUCUAUAGACUGAACUAAGCCAUAUCCCCACGCCGGCUGAGAAGAAAUAU